AUGACAAUCCGUCAACAAUAUGCAAAUGAAGAAUUGGUUCAUAAACUUCGUUCGAUGCUGAAUGACUUGCCAACACUUCGAACACGUGCGAUGAAAAAAUUAGAACAUUGGCGGGAAGCAGCCAUUAAACGACUUCUAGCUCGACAACGUGAAUUAGAGAAGACUCUUUUAGAUAAAUUCGAACGACUCGAAUUUGAUACUCAACUAUUCGUGGAAAAGACCGAACGAAAGCGUGCGCAAAACCAACGACGUUGGCAAAGCGAACCAUUAGAUUACUUAAACAAAAGUGAAAUCGACCGUAUAUCUACAAGUUUACGUUCGAUACGAGAAGAAUUAGAACAAUCGAAGUUAAUAUUAGCCGGAAAUCUUACAAAUGAUAACAUAGGUGAACUGCCAUCGGAAACCGUUCGACACGAGAAAUUAGCGGAAACAUCAGCGCGCUAUGCAGAUCAUAUAUCACCGAAAACAGCUGUACAUAAAAAUUAUAAUUCAUCUUCAACUGAUAACGACCUUAAUUUAGAAUUAAAACGUGUUCUAGAGAUAUGUACCAGUCCUCAAUGUUCAUCGACGUCAUUGUCGGCCGAUGAGCAAACGCCUUUACAAUCCCUCGAUAGUGUCGAGCACUGCAAUGAUGCGAAAGCGAAACAAACAAUGCCGACAAAAACAGGUACAACAUACUCACAGAAACGCCCAGAUGAUAGAAGUCGUCGACAUGCACGUAUCAUAACAAACGUUCUAUCGGAACAACAAGAAAACGAAAUAUCAUCGCCAACGGCGUCAUCAACAGCCACUACAACAACAACUGCAUCGAAUAAUAAUCAUGAAACGUUUCCGCUUGAAUCAUUUGAUGAUUCCAUGAGGCGUUUUCAACGAUUACGCGAAGUACAACAAAAUCUACGUUAUAAAUACGAUGAACCAUCACCUCCGCUGGCGAAAGUGGGAGUAAUUACUCAGCCGAUCAACAUACCGAUCGAACGUAUCAUUACGCCGACAUCCUCGAACGAGAACAAUGUUAGUCAUCAGCAACGUCAACGUGACCAUGAUGUCAAUACGAGCAACAGAACACGUGAUCGAAAGUAUCGUUCGAAAACGUUGGAAGGAAAUCAAUUACGUGCGGUGGAUAAUCAAAUCUAUGGAUGUUCAACAUCGUCAUUAGCGUCAAAAGCGAUACAAGAUACACGUAAUCGAGGUGAUUUACAUCGGCAUCGCUCGCACCGCUUAUCAUUUCGUCGUUCGACGGAUGAUGUUCGAAGUGCACAACUACAUCUACGACGACAUCUCGAUGUCAAUGACUCAAAUUUGAACGAUAUAUGGUUAGAAAUUGGACAAGAACAUUGGACGAACUUGUUAGAAAAUGGUUGGAGACCAACGACAGGCACGGCAGGAGUCAAUCUUGUUUCAUUUGCUGAUUCAGAUGAUUAUGGUUCGAGUAAACAAACAACAGACGAGAAUUCAGUAGUUGACCUUUAUGAACAAAUAACACGAAACGAAUACAUAUCCCUAUUCGAGAAAUUGGGCUUUAGUUACGGACGAACAAUUGAUUUAGGAAAUGAAUUUUGGCGCUUUCUAGAAAUUAGUGGCAGUCAACAUCUAUGUCUGUAUCACCAGCUUAACAAACAAUUUAUCUUAUUCAAACCAGAUACUUCUCUUUUAUCAUUCCAAUGGCCAUAUGAUGGCAUCAUUGAUAUAUCAUGGUCCAAAUCUAACAAUACCUGGGUAGUAGCAACACAAACACAAAUAACAAUAUGCAAUCGUUCAUUCAGCAAAGUUCUACAGACAGUGAACAUCAAUGGCGAUUGGCCAAAACGUAUCACAUCAUGUCGAUCGUCUAUAUUUCACACUUACAAACUUCCGGCAUCAUCAAAUGCAAAAACAUUUAUUUCAGCUUACAGUCGUUCAUCUUACAAAGAUCGUCCACAAUUUCUUCUUGAGCGUUACGAUUACAAAUUGAAAUCGAUAUGUAAACAUAUUCUCGAAUCGUCCACCAUCUGGGACAUCGAAGCAGACGAUCUAACCGAUCAUUUAGCUGUUCUAUGCGAUUUUGCUCUACUUAUAUUCGACUAUCAACUGAACUUAUUACGUCAAAUUGAAGUAACUGGUUUCAAAGUAAGUACAGAUCAUUUUGGCGGUUGGUUAAUUGCGGAUUAUAAUGCAUCGUGUAUAUGGCAAAUACGACGAAAUGAAUAUUUAAAAGCGAUUAAAAUCUUGAACGUCGAACGGCCAUGGUCAGUUAUUCUUGAUCGAACAAAUUGGACAUUAGUAACACUGAGUGAAACAACAAAUCGCGCAAAACGUUUAUUAUUCUAUACAAUGAAAAAUAUUCCCGAAACGCUUCUGCAAACUGAUUUAUCUUGCGCACAGUCUCAAUUGUCAAUGUCUUCAUCAUCAUCGAUAUCCGAAUCGUUACUAUAG